AUGCGCGCGCGGCCGGCGGCCCCGGGCCUGCUGGCCGUCCUGCUCGCGCUCGUCAUAGCUGUAGCAUGGGCGGUGUCCCCUGAGCUAGCCAGGUCGCUCCAGUGCGAGGACCCCAAGAUGAAGGACGUGCCGCUGGUCACUGAGACCUUCAACGGUGGGAACGUGCUCGACGUGUACUGGACGGGCACGGACGCGGGCGACGACAGCAUCAUUCUCGCCCUCACCACCGGCACGGACGCCGAGGCUGGAGGACGGCUCUUCCGCAGCCCCGCGCACGGCGACGCGGGGUCGUGGGUGGACGUCACGGAGAAGAUGGAGGGCUGCGUGUCGACGGGCGACCUGCACGUGGACCCGAUGCUCGCGGGCGUCCUGGAGGUGCACAUCCACCACGAGCACCCGGAGACGGUGGCGGUGCGCGGCGUGGGGCCCUUUUACUGGAUCUCGCACGACCACGGGGGCACGUGGGCGACGUUCAAGCUGCCCGACGGGUGCAUCGGGCUCGGGAGCGCGUUCGCGAUGCACCCGUACGACGCCGACAAGGUUCUGAUCGGGAUGCCGCGGCCCGGGUGCCUGGACGCCAACACGUUCAGCGAGCCGUGGUGCACGCACGACCUGCUGUACCACGACAGCUUCGGCGAGAACGGGCAGUGGGUCAACAUCACGGCCGCGAGCGGCGGCGCCUUCCACGGGUUCGUGGACUGGGGGUGGGCGGCCGCGGCGCGCCGGCAGAAGGGCGAGGCCGAGGGCGACGUGCAGCGCGGCGACCUGGCCGUGUUCGCGACGGUGUACGAGGACGAGGACGCGGACAAGGGCCUGUCGCCGGCGUGGGCCGACGACGUCCACUUCGUCCGCAUCGACGACCCGGCCAACCCCGCGGGCACCAACGUGCACCUCCUCGACUGCGGCAACCAGUUCGAGGUGCUCGGCGGGCAGGUCUACGUCGCGAUGCCGAGCACGUGCAAGGGCCCCGAGUCAUACCACAAGCCGCGUCCGCGCUCCGACGCGUCCACGCUCACGCUGUGGGUCUCGCCCGACAUGGGCGCGGACGAGUGGCACCUGGUCUGCGUGCCCUCGCGCGACCUCGACCUCGCGUACACGGUGGUGACGCCCGAGGGCCUCGACGGGCUGCCCGCGGGCGCGCUGCUGGUGGUCGACCACGACGAGGAGGACGACUUCGUGGCGCGCGCGCCGAUCGGCAACGUGUACGCCUCGCAGGAGAAGGGCGCGGUGUUCGCGGUGAGCCUCCCGCGGGUGCUGUGGGGGUCGCUGCCGGACAUCGCGGCGGUGCACGGCAUCCCGGGGUUCUUCCUCGCGAACGCCGUGGACCCGCGCGCGAUGUCCGUGAUCGACCCGCACACGGGGCUGGUCGACGUGAAGGACUUCGUGCAGAGCCGCGUGACCUUCAACAGCGGCGGGAUGUGGAGCAUGGUCAAGACGCCCGACACGUUCCAGUACCCCGUGUGCAACCGGUGCCCCGCGAACGCCGACCCGCGGCUGUGCAGCCUCCACCUGCACCACACCAGCAGCGCGGGCGUCGACGGGACGUACCGCCCGCCCGUGUACGCGCACCACAGCGCGCCGGGCGUGGUGAUGGCCUCGGGCAAUGUCGGCCCGCAGCUCUCGUUCGACGCGGACGCCAUGUGCACCUUCCUGUCCACCGACGGCGGGCAGACGUGGACCGACGUGGCGGUCGGGCCCAUGAUCUACGAGUACGGCGACCACGGCGGCGUGCUGGUCAUGGCGCGGCACUACUCGCUCGGUCCCGCGGACCGCGUGCACGUGAGCUUCAACUACGGCGAGUGCUGGUACGACAUCAAGCUCGACGCGGCCAUGGACGUGCACAACAUCCGCGUGGACCCGAUGGGCAGCACGACGAUGUUCCUCGUGCACGGCACGGACUGCGUCCAGGACCAGCAGUUCUACCCGCAGGCGAAGACGUGCGACCGGGACCAGGCGGCGCCGCCGCGCGGCAAGGUGGCGGCGCUCGACGUGCGCAAGUGGGUGAACAACGGCGACGGGAUGGCCGAGUGCGGCGACGACGACUACCAGGACUGGCAGAGCCACACGCCCAACGGGUGCGUCCUCGGCCGGCAGUUCCACGUGCAGGUGCGGAAGAAGGACGCGAUGUGCUUCAACGGGCGCGAGUACGACCGCACGAAGGCCGCGGGGGACGCGUGCGCGUGCGACGACGCGGCGGACCUGCAGUGCGAGCCCACGCACACGCCCGUGCUGCACCAGGACGGCACGCGGACGUGCGAGCCGCUCCGCCUGCGCCGCGGGUGGUGCCCGCUGCUCGACAACAAGGACUACUACGCCAGCGCGACGGGGAAGCGGCUCGUGGCGGGGGACCAGUGCGACAACCUCGCGGCGAUCGUGUCGGACACGGACGGCAAGGGCCACAAGGCCGGGGCGGACUCGGACGACUCGGACGACUCGGACAACGACGACGACGACGACGACAACAAGAAGAAGAAGCGGCGCGGUAGGCGGAAGAGGCACGUGGUGCGCGACGUGUUCGUGUUCGUGAUGGUGCUGGGCAUCGUGGGCGUGACGUGCGGCGUGUUCUGGAAGAAGGUGGCCAACGACGGGAUGCGCGAGCGCGCGCUGGCGUCGCUCAGCCUGGCCAUGGACGUCGCCGUGGGGGUGUGGGACUGGAUCCGGGCCAAGCUCGGCCGCCGGCGCGCCGCGGAGGACUACUUCACCCCGCUCGACGACGGCGGCAUGCAGCCGCAGGACUACCGCCAGGCGGUGCCCCUCUGA